UCGGAAUGGGGUCGGGUUCGAGACGUGGCAGCGUUGGUAUGUCGCCGGAGAAGAGGUCUCAGUCCAGCCCAACCGGCGGGCCUAGCGGGGCUGCAAAGCGCUCCAAGCAAGGCGACCCGUCACAGCUUGACGAACCGUCUCCACAGAACAGUCUGUCAUCGGUGUCGGAGAUUUCGGUCAAACAGGAAGUAGCAACGAGUCCGGAAGCCACCAUGAGUGCGUGCCGCUGUACCACCUUCUGGUGUAGUGACUGCGGCAAGGAGGCCGACGAGCUGUGCGGGGACAUGCAGCACUCCCUGACGUCCCUGCGCAUGCACCGCGCGGGGCCGGCGGCCCCCAGGCUGCAGCGGCUGCAGACGGCGGCCUCGUCUGCUAGGAAGGUGGUGGCAGCCCUGCAGGACGCCCGGGACGCCGUGGAGGCCCAGCUGCGGGAAUGGCGCGCCAGGCUGCGGCGGCUGGAGGACGCCGAGAGGGAGCUGUGGGCCGCGGCGGGGCAGGGCGGCGACCCGGAGGCCCUCCAGCUUGACGGCCUGGACCAACGCCUGCUGGACGCAGCCAGUCUCCUGGGCGCGCAGUGCCAGCUGCAGCUGGACGCGGACGGUCAGUGGAAGGCCAAGUUGGAGCUGCCGGCGUCGAACCAGAACGCCACUCUCUUCCCACUCGCACUGCAACUGCUUCAGGAUGGCAGCCUUGUCAAGGUCUUCCGGCCCGACGAGUACUUGGACGUCAGGUCUCUGAGUAGCCAGGACGAGCACAGCCAGGAACUGGAGGACUUCCUGCUGGACCCUGCCUUGUCCAAGGUGCGGAAGCUCGAGGACGUGAUCUGCGAGACGCGGCCCACCUGGUGCCGGGUGCUGCUGCAGCGCGUGGCGCCGCGCGUCGAGUGGCUGUGGGUGGACAACGCCGCUCCGCGAGCACCUGGAGGUGAUCGCCGGCAUGCCCGCGCUGCGCUACCUGCGCACGCCGCCACGCUGCAGGAGCUGCGGCUCAUGUGCGCCUCGGAGUCGGACGGCACCACGCCGUGGCACUUCGCCGACCUGGCCGAGGGGCUACGGCGGUGCGAGCUGAGGGCGCUGCGCAGGGUCGUGCUGGUGCGAGGCACCAUCCGAGGCUACGUCGACGACGACGUCCCGCACGAGGCCAACUCGUGCAAGCAGCAGAAGAAGUCGAUCUGGGACCGACUGCUCGCCGUGGACGCCACCAGCGUCGUCAAGGUGCUCUGCGAGGUCUGCGACAAGUGCCCGAAGUUCCCGAAGCUCGGUGACUUCACCUGGAAGGACUAG